CGUUUAUUUUUAAUAGCAAUACCUUUCCCUUGGAACGGGGAGCCAUGGGGGAGGGUGGUGCUCAUUGGGAAAUUCUAUAUCCCGCCCUGCUCCCACCCACUCCCAAACCUAAAAUUGUCAUUUGGGCCCACGGGUAAGUCUAGUUCCUUCCAAAUUUGGGAGGCCGCCAACGCCAUUCCCAAACGAGCAUCAGGAAAGACAAGAAAGCGCAAACAAAAGAAGAAAAAAUAGGCCUUAGAACCGAUUAGAAAAAAAAAAAAAAAAGUAUUGGCUUCUCGAGACCACGCGUUCCGCAGGGGAUGGUCCGGAUAAACAGGUUCUGGCCCGCAAGCUACUGGCGUAAAACUACGAUUCCCAGCAGUCUUCGCGGCUGAUCACACGCCCGGAAGAAAAAGCUCUAAGUGCAGGAAGGUGGCCCUGCCAAAUAAACAGACCGGCUCUUUGCUGUUGUAGGAGAGUGGGAGAGAACGGCUGUGGAGAAAACGUCCUAUUGCCAACAUGAACGUGGUUUUUGCCGUGAAGCAGUACAUUUCCAAAAUGAUAGAGGACAGUGGGCCCAGCAUGAAAGUACUUCUCAUGGAUAAGGAGACGACCAGCAUUGUGAGUAUGGUGUAUACACAAUCAGAGAUUCUUCAGAAGGAAGUGUAUCUUUUUGAACGUAUCGAUUCUCUGAAUCGGGAGACCAUGAAACACCUGAAAGCCAUUUGUUUUCUUCGACCUACAAAGGAAAAUGUGGAUUACCUAAUUCAGGAGCUCCGAAGACCAAAAUAUAGUGUGUAUUUUAUUUAUUUCAGUAACGUGAUCAGCAAGAGUGAUGUGAAGUCAUUGGCCGAGGCUGACGAACAGGAAGUUGUGGCUGAGGUUCAGGAGUUUUAUGGUGAUUACAUUGCCGUGAAUCCACAUUUGUUUUCCCUCAAUAUCUUGGGUUGUUGCCAGGGUCGUAAUUGGGAUCCAGCCCAGCUAUCUAGGACAACCCAAGGACUGACAGCUCUUCUGUUGUCCCUGAAGAAAUGUCCCAUGAUACGUUACCAGCUUUCAUCAGACUCAGCAAAAAGACUUGCCGAAUGUGUGAAGCAAGUGAUAACUAAAGAGUAUGAGCUUUUUGAAUUCCGAAGAACUGAAGUCCCUCCAUUGCUGCUGAUUUUGGAUCGCUGCGAUGAUGCCAUAACCCCACUGCUAAACCAGUGGACAUAUCAGGCCAUGGUCCAUGAACUGCUGGGCAUAAACAACAAUCGGAUUGACCUUUCUCGAGUACCAGGGAUCAGUAAAGACCUGAGAGAGGUGGUCCUGUCUGCUGACAAUGAUGAAUUCUAUGCCAAUAACAUGUACCUGAAUUUUGCUGAAAUUGGCAGCAACAUCAAGAAUCUCAUGGAAGACUUCCAGAAAAAGAAACCAAAAGAACAACAAAAACUAGAAUCAAUAGCAGAUAUGAAGGCCUUUGUGGAGAAUUAUCCACAGUUCAAGAAGAUGUCUGGGACUGUGUCAAAGCAUGUGACUGUGGUAGGGGAGUUGUCUCGACUGGUCAGUGAGAGGAAUCUGCUGGAAGUUUCUGAGGUUGAACAAGAGCUGGCCUGCCAGAAUGAUCAUUCUGCUGCUCUCCAGAAUAUUAAAAGGCUCCUGCAGAAUCCCAAAGUAACUGAAUUUGAUGCCGCACGCUUGGUGAUGCUUUAUGCCCUGCAUUAUGAACGACAUAGCAGUAAUAGCCUUCCUGGACUGAUGAUGGACCUCAGAAAUAAAGGUGUUUCAGAGAAGUAUCGCAAGCUGGUACCUGCCCUUGUUGAGUACGGUGGCAAACGAGCAAGAGGAAGUGACCUGUUUAGCCCUAAAGAUGCUGUAGCUAUUACUAAGCAGUUCCUCAAAGGAUUGAAGGGAGUGGAAAAUGUUUAUACACAGCAUCAACCUUUCCUAUAUGAGACACUGGACCAUCUCAUCAAAGGGAAGCUUAAGGAAAAUCAGUACCCUUACUUAGGCCCCAGCACACUGAGAGACAGGCCUCAAGAUAUCAUCGUGUUUAUAAUUGGAGGGACCACCUAUGAAGAGGCCCUGACAGUUUAUAACUUAAACCGCUCUACUCCUGGAGUUAGGAUUGUCCUGGGAGGAACCACAAUACACAACACAAAAAGUUUCCUAGAGGAAGUCUCGGCCACGGGGCUGCCCCGGCGAAGCACAGAGACGGCUCAGAUAACGUCGAGGCCGGCAAGUAGGCGAUGAGCGGGGAGGAACGAGGCAGCCUCCCAAUUCACCACGGCCGCCGCAGGACUUCCACCAUGAUGAGUGUAAAGGCAGCCAGAGGAACUCUCCCCGGCACCAGGCACCGGACCGCUGGCUCUCAUUUCAGGACUGUCAGAGAUGGGUUAAGAGUGAAUCACAGUCUACAUCCAAUCCAGUUUUUUCAUGGUCCAGUAAAGCUCUUCUUCUUUGCGUGUUUGACACAACUUCACUUCGGUUUCUGACGGGGUUUGUGGGAUUGACUGAUUUGAAAGAAGGGACUCCAGUCCAGCAGACCUAGAGGAGUGACAACUGGAAGCAUUUGAUAUCUGCUUCACUUUCCAUUUCCUCAUUCCUCUCUCUCACUCCCUUUCUAACCUUCCCCACUCAUUUUCAUUAACUACAUUCCUGUACCACUAAUUUAUGAAAACUCUAAAGCAUCGCUUCUCUUCAGAGAGCUAUCUAGUAACUGUUCUUCCCCCAUAUUUUGAUUGGUUUGGGCCCUGAGAAGCUAUGUGUGAAUAAAAUAAAAUCAGU